AUUUUCCCAGGCAGUGGUUGCAACAUCGCCGCGGAGGCAGCGAGCAGAGCUGACAGCGCGGAGCUUGCGCUGCGGGGCGCAGGGAGCCUUGCCGGUUCCUGCCGCCGGCGUCUGCGCGUACAGCGGCGGCUGACCCGCUUGGGCUCCGGGAUUUGCACAGACGUGGAGCGAUGCUUGUGACUCUGCGGCUCCUCAGAGGUCCCUAGAAGCCUGUUCUUGGUGCCAUCCAGGACCUCUGACCCCAUGGAUCCCCCAAUCCCACAGAGCGUGCCCCUGACUACCAGCUCAGUCAUGGUCCAGCCCCUCCUUGACAGCCGGAUGCCCCACAGCAGGCUCCAACACCCACUCACCAUCCUCCCUAUCGACCAGAUGAAGACCAGCCACGUGGAGAAUGACUACAUAGACAACCCUGGCCUGGUACCUCCCACUGGCCCUAAACGGUCCCGGGCUGGGGCCCCUGAGCUGGCCCCAACACCUGCCCGCUGUGACCAGGACGUCACCCAUCACUGGAUCUCCUUCAGCGGGCGCCCCAGCUCUGUCAGUAGUAGCAGCAGCACCUCCUCUGACCAGCGGCUCUUGGACCACAUGGCCCCACCGCCCAUGGCCGACCAGGCCUCACCCAGGGCCGUGCGCAUCCAACCCAAGGUAGUCCACUGCAAGCCGCUGGACUUCAAGGGCCCAGCAGCCCCACCAGAGCUGGACAAGCACUUCUUGCUGUGUGAGGCAUGCGGAAAGUGUAAGUGCAAGGAGUGUGCGUCCCCUCGGACGUUACCAUCCUGCUGGGUCUGUAACCAGGAGUGUCUGUGCUCGGCACAAACCCUGGUCAACUAUGGCACGUGCAUGUGCCUCGUGCAGGGCGUCUUCUAUCACUGCACCAAUGAGGACGAUGAGGGCUCCUGCGCCGACCACCCCUGCUCCUGCUCUCACUCAAACUGCUGCGCCCGCUGGUCCUUCAUGGGAGCCCUAUCCCUGGUGCUGCCCUGCCUGCUCUGCUACCUUCCUGCCACCGGCUGCGUGAAGCUGGCCCAGCGUGGCUAUGACCGUGUGCGCCGCCCUGGCUGCCGCUGCAAGCACACGAACAGUGUCAUCUGCAAGGCGGCUGGUGGUGGAGGAGAUGCCAAGGCCACCAGACCUGACAAGCCUUUCUGAGGCUUUGGG